UUACGGCUGGCGAGUGAGGCCCGGUGCGCGCCGGAGAAGCUUCCGCGCCUUCAGCCGCCGCCAUGGAGAUGCCGCCGCCGCCGCCAGAGGACCAGGAGCUGCGCAACGUCAUUGACAAGCUGGCCCAGUUUGUGGCACGGAAUGGCCCCGAGUUUGAGAAGAUGACGAUGGAGAAGCAGAAGGAGAGCCCCAAGUUUUCAUUCCUCUUUGGGGGUGACUUCUAUGGCUACUACAAAUACAAGCUGGCUCUGGAGCAGCAGCAGUUGCUGUGCAAGCAGAGCCAGGACGUAGAGGCUGCCCCACAGAUCCUGCCGCUGCCCCAGCCAUCCUUGCCCCCUGCGGCAGCUCCCAUUCCCACGUCUCAAGGGACGCCUUCUAUUGAAGAGCUCAUCCAGCAGAGCCAGUGGAAUCUGCAGCAGCAGGAGCAGCACCUUCUGGCUCUGAGACAGGAGCAAAUCACCUCUGCAAUCGCUCUAGCUAUUGAACAACAAAUGCAGAAAGUUUUGGAGGAAACUCAGCUGGACAUGAAUGAAUUUGACAACUUGCUGCAGCCGAUUAUUGAUACAUGCACAAAAGAUGCCAUCUCGGCUGGCAAGAACUGGAUGUUCAGCAAUGCAAAGUCUCCCCAACACUGUGAGCUGAUGGCGGGGCAUCUGCGCAACCGCAUCACUGCCGAGGGGGCACAUUUUGAGCUCCGGCUGCACUUGAUCUACUUGAUCAAUGAUGUGCUUCAUCACUGCCAGCGGAAACAGCAGCGAGACCUGCUGGCAGCUCUGCAGAAGGUGGUGGUGCCCAUUUACUGCACCAGUUUUCUGGCUGUGGAAGAAGACAAGCAACAGAAGAUUGCCCGGCUCCUUCAGCUGUGGGAGAAAAAUGGCUAUUUUGAUGAGUCCAUCAUCCAGCAGCUGCAGAGCCCGGCACUAGGACUUGGCCAGUACCAGGCCACCCUGAUCACGGAGUACACCAGUGUGGUGCAACCGGUCCAAGUGGCCUUCCAGCAGCAGAUUCAGAACCUCAAAACACAGCACGAGGAAUUUGUCAAUAGCUUGACCCAGCAGCAGCAGCAGCAGCAACAACUGCAGAUCCCCCCUUUGGAAAGCGAGGGAAAAGCAGCCCCUCCAGUCCCUGCUGCAGCUCCAGCCCCUGCUCCUUCUCCAGCUGCAGCCAUCUCGCAAGCGGAUGAUGGGAAGGCUCCAAUUCCGCUCGCAGGCUCCACUGACUACGAAGCAGCAGGGGCUGGGGCCCCCGAUCCUGCAGCUCCUGGGCCUCGUGGGCCUGGGCCACAUGAGCACAUUCCUCCAAACAAGCCGCCCUGGUUUGACCAGCCACAUCCAGUUGCCCCUUGGGGGCAACAGCAGCCUCCAGAUCAGCCGCCGUUCCCCCAUCACCAGGGCCCUCCUCACUGCCCCCCCUGGAACAGUAACCAUGAAGGGAUGUGGAAUGAACAGAGGGAGCCUGGGUGGAACAGCCAGCGUGAAGCCCCCUGGAACAACCAGCCUGAUCCUUCUUGGAAUAAUCAGUUUGAGGCCCCAUGGAACAGCCAGCACGAGCAGCCCCCUUGGGGUGGAGGCCAGAGGGAGCCUCCCUUCCGCAUGCAGCGCCCCCCUCACUUCCGGGGGCCAUUCCCUCCUCAUCAGCAGCACCCCCAGUUCAACCAGCCUCCACACCCCCAUAACUUCAAUCGCUUCCCUCCUCGCUUCAUGCAAGAUGACUUCCCCCCACGGCACCCCUUUGAGCGGCCCCCAUAUCCUCACCGGUUUGACUACCCCCAGGGGGAUUUCCCUCAGGAGAUUGGGCCCCCUCAUCAUCACCCUGGGCAUCGUAUGCCACACCCUGGAAUCAGCGAGCACCCUCCAUGGGGUGGGCCGCAGCACCCUGACUUCGGGCCUCCUCCACAUGGCUUUAACGGGCAGCCUCCUCAUAUGCGCAGGCAGGGCCCUCCUCAUGUCAACCAUGAUGACCCCAGCCUGGUGCCAAAUGUCCCCUACUUUGAUCUCCCAGCCGGCCUCAUGGCUCCACUUGUCAAACUGGAAGACCAUGAAUACAAGCCCUUGGAUCCUAAGGACAUUCGCCUGCCUCCACCCAUGCCCCCCAGCGAGAGGCUGCUGGCUGCUGUGGAAGCCUUUUACAGCCCACCCUCCCAUGACAGGCCCAGAAACAGCGAGGGCUGGGAGCAGAAUGGCCUGUAUGAGUUCUUCAGAGCAAAAAUGCGUGCCCGGCGGCGGAAAGGGCAAGAGAAAAGGAACAGUGGUGCGUCGCGCUCUCGCAGCAGAUCUAAAAGCAGGGGGCGCUCUUCUUCCCGCUCCAAUUCGAGGUCUUCAAAGUCAUCAGGCUCUUACUCCAGGUCCCGGUCCAGAUCCUGCUCUCGUUCCCGAUCCUACUCUCGAUCGCAGUCCAGGAGCCGGAGCCGUUCCCGCUCGUCUCGAAGUCGCUCGCGGUCUAGGUCCCGAUCCAAAUCUUACUCUCCUGGAAGGCGGCACCGGUCUCGAUCACGCAGUCAGACGCCUCCCUCUGCAGCCGGACUAGGUUCCAGCUCUGGGUCUCAUGUGUCUGAAUCCAGACUGGGUGAGGAAAAUAAAGGACACCAGAUGCUUGUGAAGAUGGGCUGGAGUGGAUCUGGGGGUUUGGGGGCCAAGGAACAAGGAAUCCAGGAUCCCAUUAAAGGAGGGGAUAUCCGAGACAAGUGGGAUCAGUACAAAGGGGUUGGUGUGGCCCUGGAUGAUCCUUAUGAAAACUACCGGAGGAACAAGAGCUACUCCUUCAUUGCUCGCAUGAAGGCCAGAGAUGAAAGCUAAUUGGAGUGGAGGGGAGCUGGUUGGAUGGCAGUUGGACACCGCUGGACAAGACUACUGCGCCCCCUGGAUUCCCAGCCUGAGCCCAUCUGGUACAGCCUGAGGGGCAUUCGCUGCUUUGUAGGGAAAGGAAUUCUUCAGGCAUUUUUGUAUUUUUGUACAUACUUUUCAAGGAUUGGCUGUAGACUCCCCCACUCACCCAAAGCAUUCAUGGAAGCCCCUUCACAAAAACACUCUUUUGGCAACUGAAUGGGGGGAGGGGUUAAUAUGGAGAGACUCUGCCACCCAGUCGCCCCACCUCCUUUUGUAACCGGUCUCUUGGAAUGGUAGAGGGGGGAACACUUGUAGACUGACUAGCUGUGAAAACCGUUGUCCCUUGUCAUCCCCCAGUUUCCUUUCCAAAUGGACUGCCAUCUUGUCCUUACUGUUGCCUUCCAAUAAACAGAUUCUUUUUUA